AUGGCAAGGCUAGCCAGCCAGGCUACGCCAAAGCUGGCCACAUGCCCAAGGAUGCCUUGGACGGAUACCUCCUCGGACAGGAGGUGGCUCACCGAUGACACCUGUGGAACAACAUCGACGCUCAUGGCAGAGGCAGUCAGCCUCUAUUCCGGGGUGCCAAGCAGCAGGUCAGACGUACCCGUCCGAGCGCAAGCCGACCAGGUCUACCGCAACUCAGAUGACCUGCCCCAUGACCACAUCUAUGUCGGUGCAGGGCACUUCUCUCACAGGUGGUUAACUACUUGCUGGCGGAACCCCUUCCUCCUGGGCAGGCACGGCAGCCACGCCGAGAUUGCCAUUCAAUUUGCGUACGCCCUGCCCAGCCUGGGCCUCAUUCCUGAUCUGCAUCAGCUCCGAGGCAAGACUUUGGUUUGCGACUGCCCGACAAACAUCAUUUGCCAUGCGGAUGUCCUUCGCGCAGCCUAUGCCUUCUAUGUCGUCGGAGGUAACAGCCGGGAGGCGCCCGGCUCGGAAGCGGCAAAGUUACUGGCAAUGGCAGCUGGAGCUCGAGUGCUUGGACAAGCCCCCCUGUUUCUUUCGCAACAAACCAUACAGGGCACCUUCAUGAAAAUGGCCUGGAGGGCCAACCCAGCGUCGCUUCCCUUUCCAUUCAUUGAGGACAUCGUGAACUCGCCUUGUCUCACGCUCUGGCGUGGCUGGCGGAUGAAGCAGAGCCCGUGGACAUGGGGCCAGUGCCCGCCGAGAUUUGUGUCGGCAGCAGAAAGGCCGGCUCUGCAGACGGCGUUAGGCUUCCAGGCGGGUGCAGGGCCGCACAGGGCGGCUAACCCCCCGCUCAUCCCUUUCCACCUUGGCAAGUCAGGACACUUCGAUCAUGCCCUGCGACUCCGUCAUGAGCCGACCCCUUUAGAGUGGGAACACAUGAUUGACCAUGAUCUGUAUUUUGCGUCCGACUACAUAGGGGCACACCUGGACACGGUCUCUGCAGUCCGUGCUGAAGUCAUUAGCGCAAUCAAGGAACUGGUCCAUCGUUUGUCGGAUGUGGACCGGCUUCUCAGGUCCAGGCAGGGCCCGGAAGUUUAUUCCGUGGUCAAGAACCGAAGCAUUGCCAUGGUGCCCAUUCUCAUGAUGCUCGUGGAGUGGCCGGACGCUCAGUUUUUGGAUUGCCUGCUCACGGGCUUCCCUGCAGUCGGGCUUUCGCCACAGGUCCCCGUCUUCGGGUUUCGAGACGCAAUCCCGGCGGAACCCAGCGCCUCUGCUUGGCAGCAGCAGGUGCGACAGGUAGUCGCACGUGUGGCGCCUGGGCCGGAUGACGAUGUCAUCCUGGAGGCUGGCCGCCAUGAUGAGGCAGCUGGUUUCUGCUCCCCGAGUUUCUCAGCAGGGGAACUGCUGGUUGGGGAUCAGCCAGCCAGGCUGAUACCGCGAUUCUGCAUCACGCAGGGGACGGGCAAGAAGCGAGUCAUAGACGAUGCAGCAGCAGGUGGACAAAGCGCAGCCAGCGAGGACCACAACAAGCUCGAUCUCUGCACAGCUCUGCAACCGGGAGUCCAUGCCCGCCUGCUGUGCUCGUCUUUGAUGCGCAACGGUCACGACCCAGGAGAAGUCCGUAUCCUCACAGGCGGUGAGGACCUGCCGGAGGCUUACAGGUUCACACCAAUGGACCCGAAGGAGAGUUGGCAAACAGUGGUCGCCUAUUGGGACCACGAAAAAGGCGAAGUGCGACUUCGCCGCUACUUCGGCCACCUCUUUGGAUUGCCCAACGCUGUCACCAGCUUCAAUCGGUAUAGCAGAUUCCUGCAGGCUGUCCUUAGGCGUCUCCUCAUCAUUUGUGGGAGCUUCUAUUUUGAUGAUCUGUCUCUGCAAGACCCAGCACCCUCAGCUACCUCGGCACAGUCAUCAGCCGGGGAACUGCUGCGCCUGCUCGGAACGCCUUUUGCAGCCGCCAAACGACAGCACAUGGCAGAGGUUGGAGAAUUUCUGGGGCUACAUCACGACCUUUCCAGAUUGGAAAGUGGCAAAGUCACCUUCUGGGCGAGGCAAAGGCUCGUUGAUAAGGUAGCCGCGAUGGUCGCCCAAGCUCGUGAAUCCGGCCGGCUGGGCCAUGGUCAAGCAGCCAAACUAUACGGGUGCCUCAACUUUCUGGCGCACGGAGCCUUUGGCAAAGUCGGCCGCGCUGGCCUGCAAUCCCUCAGCUCACACCAGUACAACAAACUCGGAGGGGAUAUCCUGUCCCCAGAGCUGCGGCAGUCCUUGGAGUUGGUGCAGGCCUUCUUGGCUACAAAGCCGCGCAGAGAGCUCAAGCUGAUGGGGGAGCCUCCGCCGCGGUUCUGCGUAGCCUCAGAUGCAUCUCAAGACCAGCCUGGCCAAGGAGGAGCAGGUGCGCUCCUGGUGGACCCUCAAGGCCGUCGGCACGGAGUGGUCCUCGAAAUUGAUGCGAGCCUCUUCGAGAUGUGGAGCAGCCACCCGACUAAGAUAGCCCAAUUGGAACUUUGCGUCGUUCUCAUGGCCACGGUGCAUUGGGCAUCCCUCCUCCGUAGCUCCUACGGCAUUUGGUGGAUAGAUAACGUUGCUGCCCUCAUGAGCCUCAUCAAGGGCCGGUCCUCCAAUCCGGAGCUAGACAGUAUGUCUGGCAUCUUCCACGCAGCAGCCUUCGGCCUGCGUAUGCAGUGCUUCUUCGAGUGGGUAGCGUCAGACGAUAACUGGAGCGAUGGGAUAUCGCGCCAGGGCCGGCACGAUCCAUGGCUACAACGGCAUUGCUUCCCAGUCACGUCGACCACCCCCCUUCUUUGGCUCUUCUCAAUGCCAUAUGUUGUUAUCAUCAAGGUCUUCUCGUUUCUCUAG